CUGAUUGCACGGAUUAGGUAUCUGUCUUUCUUGUUUGUUUUUUCAACACACUUGAAUUUUUGUAUGGUAUAUCCAAAUGAGUCUUACUUGUUAUAAUUGAAUGAAAGGCUAUAGCUGUUUAGAGACAAAAAUUGGCUCACAUGUGAUACUACACCCCACGCCACAAUGAAUGACUAGGAAGACAAAACAAUUUCAAAAUACCUAAUAAAUUCACAUAUAUUAUGCAAACUCUCUAGGACAUUUUAAAUUCAUUGACAAAGCAAAGCAUAAAAGAACUUGUUGUAAGAGAUUCUUUUCCCAAAACUCAGAACAACCAGUAUUCUUUGUCUCUCUCUCUUUCCAAUGGUUUCUAACAAAAGGGUUACUGCAUUACUACUGAUAAUGCUGGCCAUUCUAGCUAACUCAGAUUUAUCAAAAGACAGAGAAGAAUGUGCUGACAAACUUGUUACUCUUGCUAGUUGUCUUCCAUACGUUGGUGGUGAUGCCAACACUCCCACCAUAGAUUGUUGUACAUCCCUCAAAGUAGUCCUUGACAAGACCAAAAAAUGCAUCUGCAUCCUCAUCAAAGAUCGUAACGACCCCAAACUCGGCUUCACCUUGAAUGCAACUCUCGCUGUUCACCUUCCAACUGCUUGUCACAUACCAUCUAAUAUAUCUCAAUGUGUAGAUCUUUUGCAUUUGUCGCCAAAAUCUCCUGAAGCUCAGGUGUUUGAAGGACUUGGAAAUUCUACCAAAACAAACAGUUCCACAGCAGGUUCUUCUGUUGAGAAGGGAUCAAGUUCAGAGGAAAAGAGUGGUGGUGCUUUGGGAAAGAGGUGGGUGGUGGCAGAGAUGGUUUGUGCUAUUUUACCAUUUGUUUUCAUAUCUCACUUCUUCAUCAUAGCAUGAACCAUGAUCAAGAUUUAGAAAAGACUCGUUACUUUGAUUUUUUCAUGUAUGAAUCUAAUACUCAUUGCUCAUUAGUGGUAUUUAUUUCUCAUACUUUUGUUA